AUGAAUACACUCAGACACUGCUUCUUUGCUGUUCUGAUUCUCAGUGUUUCACUUCCAUUUGUUUUCUAUACUGUUAAUUUGCACGCACAAAAAUCUCUUAGGAUACUGAACCUCUCAGUGAGUUCAGAGUUAGCAGAAGCCUGUAAAGCACUUAAUGAAGGUAAGGCAUUCUUUCUGAAGCAAAACACUUUGAAAACAUCAUUCAAAAAAUCCAAUUGCACAGAGUACGUCCUACAGAAUCACUACAUCACCCGCGCCCUCUCGGCGGAGGAGGCCGCCUUCCCCGUCGCCUACAUCAUGACCCUGCACAAGGAGUUUGAGACCUUCGAGCGGCUCUUCAGGGCGGUGUACAUGCCCCAAAACGUCUACUGCGUCCACGUGGACCAGAAGGCGCCGGCCGCCUUUAAGCAGGCGGUGCAGCGCCUGGUGGGCUGCUUCCCCAACGCUUUCCUCGCCUCCAGGAUGGAGCGGGUGGUCUACGGCGGGAUAUCCCGCCUGCGGGCCGACCUCAAUUGCAUGAGAGACCUGCUGGCCUCUGCCGUGCCCUGGAAGUACCUGCUCAACACCUGCGGGCAGGACUUCCCCUUGAAGACCAACCGGGAAAUCAUCCGGCUCCUCAAGGCCUUCAGAGGCAAAAACGUCACCCCCGGCGUGCUGCUGCCGGCCCACAUCACUGCACGAACCAAGUAUGUACAUAGGGAACAAUUAUAUACUUUGUUUUCUUUCAUGCUGUGGACAUUUGUACAGAAAGCACCCCCACCUCACAACCUUACCAUCUACUUUGGCUCGGCAUACGUGGCCGUCACCCGGCCCUUUGUGGAGUUUGUACUCCAAGACCAGCGUGCCAUUGAUCUACUGGCCUGGUCCGAGGACACCUACAGCCCUGAUGAGCACUUCUGGGUGACGCUCAAUAGGAUCCCAGGUGUCCCUGGCUCCAUGCCCAAUGCAUUGUGGGAAGGUGACCUGAAAGCUGUGAAGUGGAUUGAUAUGGAAGAGAGCCAUGGAGGUUGUCAUGGUCAUUAUGUCAGAGGCAUUUGUGUAUAUGGAACAGGUGACCUCAAGUGGCUUUUUAACUCCAGCUGUAUGUUUGCUAAUAAGUUUGAGCUCAGAACAUAUCCACUUACUGUGGAGUGCCUGGAACUGAGACAUCGAAAGAGAACCUUGUCCCAGAGUGAGAUCCAGGUGGAACCAAACUGGUAUUUUUAGUUAAGAAAAAACCAGGCUACAGGCUACAAAAUAAAUAAAAAUGGUCAGAAGAAUAGCAGCAGAAAUCUAAUUUCUGCUGUGCUGGAAGCAUAAAUGCACCAGGCAGGUUUCUUUAGGAUGUUCUGUAUAUGUAGUUUGAGUCAACUUGUCUCAAACUACCUUCAAAUCUAACCUUCCAUUUAACAUGAGGAGACCAAAAAGUGAGAGAUCCGAAAAGAGAGACUAGGGUAAAGCUCCUCCUGGAGCUGCUCUGUUUGCGUUUUUGCCAUUUUUGACAGAGUAUUUUCCAGCCCCGACUUUUGUCUUGCUGCAGAGUCUUUGCUAUCUUUUUCUAUAUAAACAUACAUAGAAUCAUGCAUUCCUGGAAUUUCUUCUGCCUAUCAGACAAGUCGUGCACACUGAUAAGCAAAAAGAUAACGAGUCACAGCUAGCAAGAUCUUAAAAGCAGGAACACAAUGUGUGGCUAUACAUACAGAUACUGUUUUGUCAAAGAAACUGAUAUUUGAUGCAGAGAAGCCAAAGGAAAGUACUGGAAAUAGAAGAAAGACUCUGCACUUCCAGAUCUUGGCUCCUCUUUAAAUAUCUGUCAGGACAAGGUUUACAAAUCAAAACAGCAUCUUUCACUAGACUAAUGGGUGGGGUUAGAAAAAUCAGAUAGAUUUUCAGGCUUUUCAUGGCUGAAAAACCAGGGCUUGCAUAUUUGGUUUACUUGGCCAACUAGUAGAACUGGAAAAACUAAAAAAAAAAAUUCUCUUCGUGUAGACUUUGGUCCACCUGGGUCCUUAGAAGAUCACCGUAUCUGAGGACACAGAGGGAGAGAUAGGGAGCAGGGAAGGGAGUAGCAGGAUAAAUAUUUUCAGGACUGAAAGAGCAGUGGCUGAGCUUUGGCAAUAACUCAGUAAUUCUGUCUCUUAUUUUGAUAGGGCAGUAGCAUUCCACCCAAGUUUAUUUCCUUUGAUCCUAAUAUAAUGGUUAAUACACAUACUUAACAUUGGGGUUCACUCCAUCACAGCCUUAUUUUUAUCUUCCAGUAAUAGCCACGAGAGGGAAGGCAUCAAGUAUCUGAACAGAUUUUCCUAUCCAAAUCUAUAUAACCCUCUAAAGCAUACAUAAAAAACUACAUAACCCUGCAACGCUUACAAAGUCUCAGCACGCUAGGCGUGUCAUAGGGAAAAUUAGGUGCCCAGGAGUGUUUUAGUGUGGCAAACAGAAGGUAAAAGUUACAGAUAUCAGUCAUUGUGUCCUGAAAAACAAAGCAGGGAGGCCAAACUAUGAAUGCUUCUUCCUGUGGUUCUGACAGGUUGUAUUUGUGAGGCAUUUUAGCAGCACUGUUGAAUGACCUGGUCAGCAUGCACUGAGGCAGUAUAAAUUGGGAUGCCUGAAUCUCGGAAUACCGUCUGCUGCUAUCCUGUCUCUUUCCGGAAUGAGUGAAGAUGACUCAUUUAGUCAUUCCUGUAAAGCAGUAAAUUACCCCCAGCUUUAUUAAGCCUGACAAACUGAAUUGCAAACUGCAGCAGUUCAGAAAGGACAAUGCUUCAUUUUCAGCUGCCCUGAAGCAUGGUUGGUAACCUCCAGGGAACGGGCUGAAUGCACAGGAUCAUCUGCUUCAGUCUAUUUAUUCUGCACUUAUAGCUGUCAACACCUGAUAAUGCAGGUUCUGGCACAGAGAGAUUGAGAAUUUAUCUCCAGAGCAGAACUUUAGUGGAAAUCCUGAGCAGAACUUUAGUGGAAAUCCUGUUCGUUUUGUGGAGGCAGAGAAGAAGAGGAGGGUUUUACUAGCUUGCUGCCAUGGUGGCAGCUGAAGGGAGAAGUAUGCCAGAGAGAAUCAUUCUUUAAAGAAAUAGUUUCAGGGUGUCCCAUUUAAGAGAGUGCUGAAACCAGGCCCCCCUUGUUUUGUCAAGCUGAAUAUCCCCCCAACAGAAACAUUCUAAAUACAAGAAAGGUGUUCUCACAGUUUUAUGUGAAUAUUUAAAGCAGCACAGAGUAUGGACAAGAUGAGACAACAUUUCAUUGUUCAGACUCUAGAAAAUACAGGAUAGAAAUAAAUGGCAAAAUAUCUCCAGUAGCAGAAGCUUGGCAAGUUGAAGCCACAGAAAUAAAGGAGUAUUCUACUCUGAGCCUGAAAAAAUAAAAAUAUUUUAGGACUGAAUUAAGCAAGUGGUUUAAGUAAGAUCUCAGAAAAACAUCAAAGCUGGGUAGUUUAUUGAGAGAUCUAGAUUUCUGUCCAGCCAUGACUUAGGUGUUUUGAAGAAUGCUACUCCAUGUUAUGUUUUUCUGGAAAUAAAUUAUUGUGUGUUCAUUAUAUGACUGAUUUUGGGGGGC